AGUUUAUAUAAAAUGAAGUAUCAAUAUGGGCAUAGUAGGAAGCAGAAUUAUGAAGUUCAUCUAGCUAAGAGGGAGAGUUACUUUGCGGAGAAUAUGAUCAAGAAUACCACCGUGUAUACUCUCUUUUGGUUCGAAAGUUUGAAGAUUCAGCUUAAUGAUUUCGAAGUGGUGUAUAAAAAUGCAGCUUAUUGAAGAUGAAAGAAAAUUUACAGGAUCCCAAAAGAGAACCAGUACAACAUUUACAUGUCGAAACACAAGAACGAUUGAGCCCUGAAUUAUGCGAAAUUGAUGAAUCAGCUCGAAGGAGCAGAUAUUAAUUGACUUAUGCUCGUUAAAUAUUAUGAACCUAAAUGUAAUGACUUCAAUAAGAUUAUGUUAUCCUCAGUUAAGUUAAUGAAUAAUUCACUAAAUAUUUUGUGCAUUGAAAAGUUCUUCGUGAAAAAGAGACAAUUUAACCUGAUAUUUGCAAACAUUCACCAAGUGAAAUACAUGGCUUUCUCUAGAUGAUACAUAGAGUUUGAACCUAGAAAGAUUAGCACUAAAGCAGACUCUCGUCUUUCUAGGUUUACUCUUGACCAUGUCAAGAACGUAGGUGAAGAUUCUGAAUUCGUCACGACAAAGCCUAUCUCUAGCCUCUGUAAGGUCAUCGGGGGAUGAUCUUUGGCUAAAUCUCUGAGGCAAUUUAGAAUAUUUCCAGGACCAGAUACAAAAGAAAUCAAGGAGAUAAGGAAGGAAUCCAAUCUCUUGUACGUAGAAUUCAUAACUAAAGAGGAAAAAUUGCCAGAAUGGUAUUAA